AUGCCAUGUCUUAUCCUCACGCCGGGAUUCCACGACGACAAAUCACCAGCAUCUCUCGCCCGCAGCACCGUUCUCUCCUUCCUUCUUUGGUUUCUAUUCCGACUCUCGUUUGAAAUGCAUCUCGUGUCCGCCUUAUCUCUUUUCGCCGCCUCCGCGGCGGCCCUCGCCAUUGACGAGGGCGCUUCGUCCCUACAGGGGCGCGCCGAUCCUUCCCCCCAGGGCGAGGACUUGACCACGUCCAAUGCUGCCACCUGCGUCAAAGGUCUCAAGACGCUAGGAUACUACGGAAACUGGGACAUCUACGCCGCCAAGUACUUUGUGACCGACAUCCCCGCCGAGCGCUUCACCCAUCUCUCGUAUGCGUUCAGCAACAUCAAGACGGAGACUGGCGAAGUCGUCCUCUCGGAUGAGUGGGCCGAUCUGCAGUACGCGUACCCGGGCGACAACACCAAGGCCCCGGGCACCAACGUCUACGGCAACGUGAAGCAGCUGUACCUGCUCAAGAAAAAGUACCGCAACUUCAAGACGACGCUGUCCAUCGGCGGCUGGUCGUACCGCAUGAACUUCAGCCCCAUGCUGGCGUCCCGCGCCAAGCGCGAGACGUUUGUCAAGUCGGCCGUCAAGCUCGUCGAGGACCUGGGCUUUGACGGCCUCGACGUCGACUACGAGUACGUCAAGGACAGGAAUGAGGCGGUCCAGAUGGCCGACCUGCUGCGCCGCCUGCGCGAGGCCCUCGACGACCUGGCCAAGCGCACCGCCCCCGGGUACAAGUUCAUCCUGAGCUACGCCUCGCCCGCCGGCCCCGAGCACUACAAGCAGCUGGCCUUUGACAGGAUGAACGAGUGGAUCGACUACUACUCCUUCAUGGGGCUCGACUACAUGAGCGCCGGCGUCAGCAAGAACUCGGGCUUCAUGGGCAACGUCUUCCUCGACAAGAAGAACCCCGCCGCGACCGAGUACGAGACCCAGUCGGGCAUCGAGUACUACAUCAACCAGGGCAAGGUGCCGUCCAGCAAGAUCCUGCUGCAAAACGCCAUCUACGGCCGCGCCUUCAACGAGACCAAGGGCAUCGGGCGCCCGUACAAGGGCGCCGGCCUGGAGGGCAGCCUCGGCUCCGCCGGCAUCUGGCGCUACCGCGACCUGCCCAUCAAGGAGAGCAAGGACUUGAAGAUUGUCAACGACAAGGCCGUCAUCGGCAGCUACAGCUACAACAAGACGGCCGAGUACCUGAUCAGCUACGACACGGCCGAGAUUGCCAAGCUCAAGGCCCAGUACACCCGCAAGAUGAAGCUGGCCGGCACCUCCUGGUGGGAGGUCAGCCAGGACCGCACCGACGACCUCAGCCUGGUCAAGACCACCAUCGACGAGUACGGCGGCCUCGGCGCCCUGGAGAAGUCCCCCAACAACCUCAAGUACCCCAACAGCAAGUACGACAACCUGCGCCUCGGGUUCCCCGCUUCCAGCUAA